AUGCCACGCGCGCCCCAGUGCCGAGCCGUGCGCGCGCUCCUGCGCAGCCGCUACCUCGAGGUGCUGCCGCUGACCACGUUCGUGCGGCGCCGGGACCCGGCGGCCUUCCGCGCUCUGGUGGCCCAGUGCCUAGUGUGCGUGCCCUGGGACGCACAGCCGCCCCUCGCCGCCCUCUCCUUCCGCCAGGUGUCCUCUCUGAAGGAGCUGGUGGCCAGGUUCGUGCAGAGGCUCUGCGAGUGCGGCGCGAAAAACGUGCUGGUCUUCGGCUUCGCGCUGCUGGACGGCGCCCGCGGCGGCCCGCCCUGGGCUUUCACCACCUGCGUGCGCAGCUACCUGCCCAACACGGUGACCGAGACGCGGUGCGGCAGCGGCGCGUGGGGGCUGCUGCUGCACCGCGUAGGCGACGACGUGCUCGUGCACCUGCUGGCGCGCUGCGCGCUCUACCUGCUGGGCCCGAGCUGCGCCUACCAGGUGUGCGGGCAGCCUUUGUACGAGCUCGGCACCGUAGCCGAGACCCGGCCCCCUGCACCGCGCGCGUGGGAUCCAGACGGGCCCCGCGUCCACGCGACGGGUUCAGAACAGCAGCGGUGGCGAGGCCUGGGCGCCCCUGGGCUCACCCGCCUACAGUUCGGGGCGCGGGCCUUUUGCGGCCUGCGCGGUGACACCUGCCGAGUCGGGAGCCCGGCGCCUCCGGGCAUCUUCCUGGGCUGGACGCCGAGGUCCGGGGGUAGCCUCAGGCUGCGCUGGCUGUCCCCGCGCUACUGGAGGAUGCGGACCCUGUUCCAAAAGCUGCUUGCGAACCACGCAUGGUGCCCAUACGGCGCGCUCUUCCGGAUGCUGCGGGGGCCGGCUACGCAGGGGCCGGCCGCCGACCCCCGGAAGGACGCGGGCUCCUGGCGCCUGGUGCGGUUCCUGCAGCAGCACAGCGUGGCAGGUGCACGCAUACCUGCGGGCGUACGCCGCCUGGUGCUCCCUGGCCUCUGGGGCUCCAGGCACAAGGAGCGCUGCUUCCUGAGGAACACGAAGUUCAUCUCGCUGGGGAAGCACUCCAAGCUCUUGCUGCAGGAGCUGACCUGGAAGGUGAGGGUGCGGAGCCCAGGUGAGUGGGCGUCGGCCAAUGGCGUGGCAACAUCCCGGGCCAUGGAGCAUCGACUGAGGGAGGGGAUCCUGGCCAGGUUCCUGUUGUGGCUGCUGGACGCCUGCAUGGUGGGGCUGCUCAGGUCCUUCUUCUAUGUUGAGGAGACCACGUUCCAGAAGAACCGGCUCCUCUUCUACUGCAGGAGCGUCUGGAGCAGGCUGCAAAGUGUGGGCCUCAGGCGGCACCUGGAGCGGGUGCAGCUGUGGGAGCUGUCGGACGCAGAGGUCCAGCAGCAGGCCAGGUUGGCCCUGACCUCGGCCAGACUGCACUUCAUCCCCAAGCCCAGAGGCCUGCAGCCCAUCGUGAACACAGACUCCAUGGUGAGAGCCAGAACAUUCUGCAGGGAGAAGGCCCAGCCCUGGACCUCGUGCAUCCAGACACUGUUCAGCAUGCUCAACUAUGAGCAGGCGCAGUGGCCCGGCCUGCUGGGUGCCUCUGUGCUGGGCUCCACCAGGAGUCCCUGGAGACCGCAGCUGACCCAGCCCUGA